GGUUUCGAGAAAAUAUUCGUGAAACAAUAUAUAUCUGGAUUUGAUAGGGUCCAUUUCGAUAUAGCUCGAUGUUACAGUCUUUCUUCCGAUAAUUCACAUUUAUCCCGGGAUGUAUAUAGAACCAUGACUGCGAACAACUAAAUCAUACGUCAAAUACGUUUCUUUUUCACAAUCCAAGUUAUUAUUGCAUUCUCGACAAUUCUAUUACGAAUUAUACGAUUGUCUGUGUUGCAGCGGUUAGAUGGAUAUAAUAAAGACCUCUAUGUUCUAAUAGACUUCCAUCGAUAAUCGCACUUUUUGCUAUAGCUUACGUUGAUCAUCGAUAGCGAACAUAUUCUCGUUUAUGAUCUGAAUUUCUACUUUCAAAUCUCCAAAAUCUCUCUUUAUCAACUUUAUCGCUACUGGUUUUAACUAACCUACACAAGAAUAAGAAUAAAACAACUACAAAUAACUACGCGAGCAUGUCGAAACUGCACGAACGCUUAACCACGAAUUGAUAUGUCUAUAUCGAAAAUAAUUGUUAUCCCAUUUAUCCCAAAUAAUCGUCUGAACCAAACUUCGCCAAGAUCGAACCCUUUAUCGAAUCCGUUGGCCCAUAAACAUCAGUUGGCAAACGCAUUGAAAGCAGCAAACAUCAAUUUUCAACCAAGUUAUCCGACAGUGUACACAAACUGUCGCCAUUUUGGCGGUAUCGCAUAUUCAUCGGAAUAUUCGGGAAUUUUCCUUGAAGAAAGAGCCGCGUGUGGCCACCGUGGACUUUCAUCGGUGUUUGGAUUUCAGAGACGGUGUUCCGCGGUGGCCCGGUAAAAUCAACAGACGUCGCGGAAUAUAAGAAGCUUCGGGGGAUGCGAAAACCGGUGGACGAUGUCGAUGAGACCGGCCUGGGGGCCGAAGUUGUUUCUCGUGCUGGUGACGACCACGAUCGUUAUCGGCAAUUAUCAGCGUCAUCGCGAGAGGAUCCAUUUGCGGGAGCAACUCGUUAACGGACACAAAGUGACGAGGAACAUCACUCGAUUGCAAGAGGAAAUAAUCGCUAAUCUACCACCUCUUCGAAUUCCUCGCUUGAGGCACCAUCGAGUAACGGAUUGGGAUCCUUAUUUCGAGAAUGCUGAAGGUCAGGGUAUUAAUGGAUCCCAGAAUGUUGCGUUACAUCUUGGUGCGACAGCUCUUCUCGAUUGUCGCGUCGCCAUGCUUUCUGGAAAGAAGGUCAUGUGGUUACGCCGCAACGCAGACUGGGCAUCCCUUUUAACCCUGGGUAAUACCACUCACAUUUCCGAUCCCAGGUACAGCGUUAGUUUCCAAUAUCCAAACAACUGGAGACUGGCGAUCGCCGGGGUGCGCAGGGAGGAUCGUGGCUUGUACGUCUGUCAAGUGAACACGCACCCUCCGAGGAUGCUCGUCACCAACGUCACUGUUCUGGCUCCGGACAUCAGGAUCCUGGACGAGGCCAGACACGAACUUCGAGAUCGGUACUACAAAACCGGAAGCGGUAUCGAGCUAGCCUGUGUCGCUCGACCUUCUUGCCCUGACUCCAGGAUACCGUAUCCCGUCUGGAGGAAAAAUGGUAGGACGUUGCCGGAUCACGUCAACGUUUAUCACAUUAAUGGGUCGAACGAAGAUCUGGUGACCAAGCUAUAUAUCGAACAGGCGAAAAAGACUGACAGCGGCGAAUACUCGUGCUCAGUGAGCCAAUUCAGUACCGCCGCGGUGCAUAUUCACGUCCUGAAUGGUGAAAAGCAAGCUGCGGUUCAUCAUGAUCAAUGGAAUGCAGCGCGAACAAACUGCGAAAAAUUGAAUAACUUGUAUAUCACAAUUGCCAGCUUUGUUUUCCUCCAGACUUGGAUGAUCAGCUCGUCAUGAACCUCAUCAAAAAACAAAGUCUUCAAAUUACGAUUGCACACUACAUAUUUCGCAUCGCUCUGUAUUCGUGAAUGCCAGCCAAAAAGCGUUUCUAGUAACAGAUCAGUAUUACAAUGAACGAAAACUGCCGAAUAAACAAUUGUAUGCAAUAAAUUAGCAUGUAACACAAUAU